AUGGUUAACUCCUGCUGUGGCUCUGUCUGCUCUGAGGAGGGCUGUGGCCAAGGCUGCUGCAGACCUACCUGUUGCCAGCCCAGCUGCUGUGUGUCCAGCUGUUGCAGACCCAGCUGUUGUCAGUCUGUGUGCUGCCAGCCCAGCUGCUGUCGCCCCAGCUGCUGCACCUCUAGUUGCUGUCGCCCCUCCUGCUGCAUUUCUAGCUGCUGCAGGCCUUGUUGCCGCCCCAGCUGUUGCAGGCCCAGCUGCUGCAUCUCCAGCUGUUGCCGCCCCAGCUGUUGCAGGCCCAGCUGCUGUGUGUCCAGCUGCUGCAGGCCCCAGUGCUGCAUCUCCAGCUGUUGCCGCCCCAGCUGCUGCCGCCCCAGCUGUUGCAGGCCCAGCUGUUGUGUGUCCAGCUGCUGCCGCCCCAGCUGCUGCGUCUCCAGCUGCUGCCGCCCCAGCUGUUGCAGCUGUUAUGUGUCCAGCUGCUGCCGCCCCAGCUGCUGCGUCUCCAGCUGCUGCCGCCCCAGCUGCUGCGUCUCCAGCUGCUGCCGCCCCAGCUGCUGUGUGUCCAGCUGCUGCAGACCUCAGUGCUGCACCUCCAGCUGCUGCCGCCCCAGCUGUUGCCAGACCACCUGCUGCCGCCCAGCAUGCUCUAGUGGUUCUUGCUGCUGA